UGGAGCAUUCCCAGCCUUGCCUCGGGUGUAGGGAUUGCAAGGGAAAAAGCAAAACUACACGGCUAAGACCCUGUGUAGUUUUGUUUUUUGGGGAUAGUUCGAGGCUCAACCGUUCUCACACUGUGUUUUCUGAAAUCAUAUCUGGAUAAGGACUUUGUUUCAGAAGACAAAACCCUUUGGGCUCCGUCCCUCCAAUUCAAGGCACUCUUGUGGAUACAAGGUGCCUUCCACCAUGUCGACACAGGCACCAACAUUUACACAGCCGCUUCAGAGCGUUGUGGCACUUGAGGGUAGUGCUGCAACGUUCGAAGCUCAAGUUAGUGGUAAUCCAGUUCCAGAGGUGAGCUGGUUUCGUGAUGGCCAGGUUCUUACUGCUGCCGCUCUGCCCGGCGCUCAGAUCUCGUUCAGCGAUGGCCGCGCUGUUCUGAUGAUCCCCGCUGUGACAGCCGCACACAGUGGAAGAUUUUCUGUGAGAGCCACCAAUGGUGCUGGACAAGCCACUAGCACUGCUGAACUGCUGGUUACAGCUGAAACUGCGCCACCAAACUUCAUUCAGAGACUACAGAGUAUGACUGUGAGACAAGGGAGUCAAGUGAGACUAGAUGUUCGAGUGACAGGAAUCCCUACACCUGUGGUGAAGUUCUACAGAGAGGGAGCUGAGAUUCAGAGCUCUGCUGACUUUCAGAUUGUUCAAGACGGAGACCUUUACAGUUUGUUGAUUGCCGAGGCCUUCCCAGAAGAUUCUGGAACUUAUUCUGUCAGUGCUUCUAACAGCAGUGGACGUGCAACUUCAACUGCUGAGUUGCUUGUUCAGGGCGAAGAAGAAGCUGUACCUGCAAAGAAGCCAAAAACGAUUAUUUCAGCCUCUCAGAUUUCACAGACCCGACAGACUAGAGUGGAGAAGAGGAUGGAAGCUCAUUAUGAGGCCACAGCCAUGAUGCACAUGCAAGUAGAGGGUGGGGUUGUGACCAAACAGCUGGCACAUAAGACUCCACCUCGUGUGCCGCCUAAACCAACCUCCAAAUCCCCCCCUUCACAAGUGACUAAAGUGUCAGCUGCUCGCCAGCAGUCUCCCUCUCCUGUGAGGCAUGUUAAGGGCCCGACACCCACUCCUGUCAGAGCUGUGUCUCCAUCAACCAGACUGUCUGUUUCCCCAAUCAGACCAGUCAAAUCCCCUGUGAUGACCCGCAAACAGGUCACGCAGGCCUCUGAGGUUCUGCCCCCGUGGAAACAGGCGGGGUAUGUUUCAGAAGCCAGCUAUACCCGCAUGAUUGCUGGAGCAAAACAAGUCCAGACAACCUCUACCCAUGUACAAAUGGAACAGCGUUGGGAAGGCUCUGUUGCUGUUCAGCAACAAGUUGGUACUGUCAAAGAGGGUGAUGGGAAAAAAGCAGAAGCCGUGGCCACUGUGCUUGCUGCUGUUGAUCAUGCACGUAUACGAAAGCCCACGCAUGCUGAAGGGGCUCAGUUGGAAGAAGAGGCUGACAUAAGACAUCAGGAAAUGCUAGCAACUAAGCAACAGGUCACAAGUAAAAAGGAGCUGUUGCUAAUUCCCACUGAAAUGCCAACUUCUACUACCGAGAAGAGUGUACAUGUCACCCAGAUUCAAAGAACUACUGAGGUUAGCUCCAAGGUGGAGACUGACCUUGCACCAUCCCCAGUUCCACAUUUCACAGUAUCAAAAGUUACUGUACCAAAACCAGAUCAUAGCUAUGAGGUUUCAAUAGCAGGUUCUGCUAUUGCCACACUACAAAAAGGGUUAUCCUCAACAACUGCAGCUCAAAAGAUCAUCAAGCCUGUCAAGCCUCCAACACAUAAGAUUGUGGAGACUCGUGUGACCCCAGAGCCGACUCCUCCUCCUUUUAGAGACACUGCAGAGAGAUAUCAGGCUCAUUUUGAAACCGAGUUACACAGAAAGAUAGGCGUUUCAUUUGCUGGGGAAGAAUGGGACACAAAGGUUGUUGAGACUGCAGCGAUCCCCUCAGCUAUCAAAGAGCCUGUAGUGCCCCCUACGUUGAUGGCAGGUUUGAAGAAUGUGACUGUCACAGAGGGAGAGUCUAUCACUCUGGAGUGCCAGAUUUCAGGCCACCCUACCCCAGCCAUUAUGUGGUUCAGAGAGGAUUACAGAAUUGAGCACUCCAUUGACUUCCAGAUCACUUAUGAAAACAGCUAUGCCCGCUUGGUGAUCCGUGAGGCCUUUGCUGAAGACAGUGGCCGCUUCACUUGCACUGCAACCAGUGAGGCUGGAACUAUCAGCACCUCAUGCUACCUGCUUGUCAAAGUGUCUGAGGAGAUUGAGAGCAGAGAGGACAUUACUGUCCAGGAGAAACAGACUGUCAUUGAAGCCAAAGAGGAGACCAUUUCUGAAAUAAGUGCGGUCUCUGUGGAAACUGGAGCACCUGCUGCUCCUUUCUUUGUGAAGAAGCCAGUGGUUCAGAAGCUGGUCGAGGGGGGCAGUGUUGUCUUUGAGUGCCAGAUCGGAGGAAGCCCUAAGCCCCAUAUUUACUGGAAGAAGAGUGGAGUUCCACUCACUACUGGAUACAGAUAUAGAGUUAGCUAUAACAAGGAUACAGGGGCAUGUAAGUUGGAAAUUUCUAUGACAUUUGCUGAUGAUGCUGGAGAGUACACCAUCUUUGCCAAGAACCAACAUGGAGAGGUGUCUGCUUCCACGAGCCUUCUUGAAGAAGAGGAGUUUGAAGUCUAUAUGAAGAAACUGGAUGUGACAUAUGUAACGGAAGUGACGACAGUGGUGCAGGAGCCCAAAGUGGCAGAUGUGCCCCCUGUAGUUGUAAGCGAAUAUGAAAAAGAGAUGAUGCAAAGGAGGAUGGCUCAGCAAACACAGAUGAUGCAGUCCUUCAUCUCAGAGACGGAAUUUCAAAUAUCUGCAAUUGAACGAAAAAUAAUCCAAGAGAUUGAAAUCCGCAUCCUUAAAAUAACUUACCGAGAACUGGUGAUUGAGGAUGGUGAGGAGAUGGUCAUGAAUGUUGCUGAGCAUGAGGCUGUCGGAUCCUCAUUUAGCACUCCAGUCAAAAGCUACAGAAUUCUGGAAGGAAUGGGUGUUACUUUCCAUUGCAAGAUGGAAGGAACACCAUCACCAAAGAUUGCCUGGUAUAAAGACGGUAAGCGCAUUAAGCAUGGAGGCCGCUAUCAGAUGGAGGUUCUACAAGAUGGUAGAGCUAGUCUGCGCCUACCUGUGGUUUUGCCAGAAGAUGAGGGCAUCUAUACUGCAUUUGCUAGCAAUAUGAAGGGUAAUGCUGUCAGUUCUGGAAAGCUCUAUGUGGAGUCCACAGCAGCUGCUCAGCCUUACUACCCACAGGCCGAAGCUGUGAGGAGAGUCCAGUCUACAUCUCCAAUGUCUGCUCGCUCAACUAGUUACUCCCCUGGCCGUUCCCCUGCUCGCUCUGUUAGCCGUUCUCCUGCUCGUAGACUUGAUGACACUGAUGAGAGUCAACUGGAGAGGCUAUAUAAGCCUGUCUUUGUACAGAAGCCAUCAUCCUUCAGGUGUUCUGAAGGACAGACUGCAAGGUUUGACUUAAAAGUAGUUGGAAGACCUAUGCCCGACACUUACUGGUUCCACAAUGGACAACAAGUGGUCAAUGACUACACCCACAAGAUUGUGGUAAAGGAGGAUGGUACUCAGUCAAUGAUUGUGGUUCCUGCCAUGCCUCAGGACUCCGGAGAGUGGACAGUUGUUGCUCAGAACAGAGCUGGAAAGACUACAGCAUCUAUGACUCUCACCGUAGAAGCAAAGGAAAAUUUGGUCCGACCCCAGUUCAUUGAAAAGCUAAAGAAUAUCAGUGUUAAGGAAGGAAGUUUGGUUGAGUUGGCAGUAAAAGCCAUUGGAAACCCCCUCCCUGACAUUGUCUGGCUGAAAAACAGUGACAUCAUCUCUCCUCAUAAAUACCCUCACAUCAAAAUUGAGGGUACCAAAGGACAGGCACAUUUCCAGAUUCCUCAGACUGCUGGCUCUGACAGUGCGUGGUACACAGCCACAGCCAUUAACAAAACUGGCAGAGAUACCACUCGCUGCAGAGUCAAUGUAGAGGUUGAGUUCACCGAACCUGAACCAGAAAGAAGACUCAUCAUUCCCAAAGGAACAUAUAAGGCAAAGGACAUUGCUCCACCAGAAAUUGAACCACUGCAUCUUCGCUAUGGUCAGGAACAGUGGGAAGAGGGUGACCUCUAUGACAAGGAAAAGCAACAGAAGCCACACUUUAAAAAGAAGCUUACUUCAGUCAGGCUGAAGCGAUUUGGACCUGUGCACUUUGAGUGCAGACUGACCCCUAUUGGUGACCCAACUAUGGUUGUUGAGUGGCUGCAUGAUGGCAAGCCACUGGAAGCUGCUAACAGACUGCGUAUGAUCAAUGAGUUUGGCUAUUGCAGUCUUGAUUAUGAAGUUGCUUAUUCCAGAGAUAGUGGCAUCAUUACUUGCAGAGCUACCAACAAAUUUGGUGCUGACCAGACCUCGGCUACACUAAUUGUGAAGGACGAAAAGGGUCUAGUGGAGGAUAGUCAGUUGCCAGAAGGUAAAAUGCACAGAAUGGAUGAAAUAGAGCGAAUUGCCCAUGAGGGCGCACCCUCAGGAGUAACUGGAGAUGACAUGUCAGAGAAGACCAAGCCAGAGAUUGUCUUGCUCCCAGAACCCAUAAAAGUAUUCGAGAGUGAAACAGCCAAAUACCGUUGUAGAGUGACUGGUUACCCUACUCCCAAAGUCAACUGGUACCUAAAUGGACAGCUCAUUCGAAAGAGCAAACGAUUCAGACUACACUAUGAUGGCAUUCACUAUAUGGAAAUCACUGACUGUAAGUCAUAUGAUUCUGGAGAAGUCAAAGUAUUGGCUGAGAACCCAGAGGGUACAGCUGAGCACACUGUCAAGCUUGAAAUCCAACAGAAGGAAGACUUCCGGUCAAUUUUGCGCCGUGCUCCUGAGAAGGCUCCAGAGGCAUCUGGCCCUGAACCUGGCAGAGUAUCUUUCGAUGUUGUGAAGGUAGAUAAACCCACAGAGGCUUCACAAGCAAAAGAAGUUGUCAGACUGAGGAAGGCUGAGAGAGUUGUUCAUGAAAAAUCCACAGAAGAGACUGAAGAGCUGCGAAGCAAAUUUAAACGCAGGACUGAAGAGGGCUAUUAUGAAGCCAUAUCUUCAGUUGAGAUGAAGUCUCGCAGAAAGGAUGAAUCUUAUGAAGGAAUGCUAAAGAAGAGAAAAGAAGAACUUAUGCACUGGACCAAAGAGUUGUCUGAGUCAGAAAAGAAGAAAGAGGAGGAGGAAGGCAAACUUAAAAUUCCUACAAUCAGACCUGAGAAAAUUACACUCUCUCCCAGCAUGGAGGCUCCAAAGAUCUUGGAAAGAAUUCAGAGCCAGACAGUGUCUCUGUCUGAUGAAGUUCGCUUCCGUUGUAGGGUUGUUGGUAAACCAGAUCCAGAGUGCCAGUGGUUCAAAAAUGGCAUUUUACUUGAGAAGUCAGAUCGUAUUUAUUGGUAUUGGCCCGAGGACCAUGUCUGUGAAUUAGUAAUCAGAGAUGUCUCAGCUGAGGACUCUGCUAGUAUCAUGGUCAAAGCCAUUAACAUUGCUGGUGAGGCCUCAAGCCAUGCUUUCUUGUUGGUGCAAGCCAAGCAGCUUAUAUCUUUUACCCAGACACUGGAGGAUGCCUAUGCUAAAGAGAAAGACACAAUGGUAACCUUUGAAUGUGAGACAAAUGAGCCAUUUGUCAAAGUCAAAUGGAUGAAGAACAAUGCCGAAAUUUUCUCCGGAGACAAAUACAGGAUGCACUCUGACAGAAAGGUGCACUUCCUAUCUGUGCUGAUAAUCGACAUGCAAGAUGAUGCAGAGUACACUUGUGCUUUAGUUGAUGAUGACCACAUAAGAACUUCUGCCAAACUUCAUGUUGAAGGUGCACCAUUGGAAAUUAUUAAAAAUCUGGAGAGCGUUGAAGUGCCUGAGACAUACUCUGGAGAGUUUGAAUGUGAGCUGUCCCGUGUAGAUGCCGAAGGCACCUGGUACUUUGAGAAUAAAGAAGUUACGCCAAGCCUUAAAUAUGUUGUAUCCUCUCGUCGUGGCCGACACUCCCUGUCUGUAAAAGACGUUAGGAAGGAGGACCAAGGCAAAUACACUUUUAAAGUGGGUGAUCUGAAGACAAGUGCCACACUGAAGAUGAAAUUGCGUCCUGUAACUCUGAUGCAAGGCCUCUCUGAUCUGACAAUUUGUGAGGGUGAUAUUGCCCAGCUGGAGGUGCGAUUCUCUCAGGAAAAUGUUUCCUCAGACUCCAUUAACAAAACUGGCAGAGAUACCACUCGCUGCAGAGUCAAUGUAGAGGUUGAGUUCACCGAACCUGAACCAGAAAGAAGACUCAUCAUUCCCAAAGGAACAUAUAAGGCAAAGGACAUUGCUCCACCAGAAAUUGAACCACUGCAUCUUCGCUAUGGUCAGGAACAGUGGGAAGAGGGUGACCUCUAUGACAAGGAAAAGCAACAGAAGCCACACUUUAAAAAGAAGCUUACUUCAGUCAGGCUGAAGCGAUUUGGACCUGUGCACUUUGAGUGCAGACUGACCCCUAUUGGUGACCCAACUAUGGUUGUUGAGUGGCUGCAUGAUGGCAAGCCACUGGAAGCUGCUAACAGACUGCGUAUGAUCAAUGAGUUUGGCUAUUGCAGUCUUGAUUAUGAAGUUGCUUAUUCCAGAGAUAGUGGCAUCAUUACUUGCAGAGCUACCAACAAAUUUGGUGCUGACCAGACCUCGGCUACACUAAUUGUGAAGGACGAAAAGGGUCUAGUGGAGGAUAGUCAGUUGCCAGAAGGUAAAAUGCACAGAAUGGAUGAAAUAGAGCGAAUUGCCCAUGAGGGCGCACCCUCAGGAGUAACUGGAGAUGACAUGUCAGAGAAGACCAAGCCAGAGAUUGUCUUGCUCCCAGAACCCAUAAAAGUAUUCGAGAGUGAAACAGCCAAAUACCGUUGUAGAGUGACUGGUUACCCUACUCCCAAAGUCAACUGGUACCUAAAUGGACAGCUCAUUCGAAAGAGCAAACGAUUCAGACUACACUAUGAUGGCAUUCACUAUAUGGAAAUCACUGACUGUAAGUCAUAUGAUUCUGGAGAAGUCAAAGUAUUGGCUGAGAACCCAGAGGGUACAGCUGAGCACACUGUCAAGCUUGAAAUCCAACAGAAGGAAGACUUCCGGUCAAUUUUGCGCCGUGCUCCUGAGAAGGCUCCAGAGGCAUCUGGCCCUGAACCUGGCAGAACUGAGGAAGGCUGA